UAUUUAAAUAUUAUCACUGUAAAAUUAUUGUCCCCUAGCAAUAAGUAUGAUGGAAUACCAUUUUGUGAAGUAACAUUUCAAUUGCAUACCAAGUAUGUUAAAAAAAAAAGAAUGGAAAACCGAAGCUGUGGUUCCGGAAGAGAUGUUGUAUGUGAGGAACCCACAAAAAUCUUUUUUGAAACACCAGAAGAUAUGCUCAAUCCGCUUGCGAUCAAUCCAUCCUUUAUGCCCAUAGUGAUAACGCAUGCAAUUAUAUUUCUCCUCGGAAUCAUCGGGAACACUGUUGUUAUUGUAACAUGGGCAGGAUCCAAGCCCACGAGGUCGCCAACAUGUACGUUUCUUGUAAGCCUUGCAGUGGCGGAUCUAUUACUACUGGUUAUUUACGUUCCUCUUGAAACGUUAGGCUACUUUGUAAUCACCUGGGAUGCAGGAGGCACAGUUUGCAAACUUAGCUCCUACGUUGAAAUGUUAUCAGGAAUGGCAUCUGUGCUCAAUUUAACAGCAGUAAGCAUAGAAAGAUUCUUAGUCAUUGCUCAUCCAAUCACAGCGAGGCGAUAUUGUACAGCAGGUACGUGCAGAACAGGAUUGUGCAUCGUAUGGGGUGCUGCUAUUUUCUUAGCUUUUCCUGUAUGCUUCACGAAAAGAAUCUAUCCCAUCACUUAUUUCAACAACAGUACAAGCAUCACCGCUUUCUAUUGCUGGGACUCAAACGAUAGUGUAGCUUUUGGAAUCGCCAUCUAUCAGCUGGUUGCUAUAUUUCUGUUGCCUGCCGUAUUCAUGACCGCCUGCUACAUCUGCGUCAUUCGCGAACUUUGGAGUAGUACUAGGACUGUUGCUGCUAUGACAAGACCAAACGAGAACGAUUUGGAGAAAGAAACAUGCAAGGUUAAUAAUCCUUCCAAAAUAAGAUUUACCUGCAGUCGUCAACAGAGGGCGCCAAGAAGCAAAGUAUUAAGCAUACACAGACAAGGUUUGGAAGUUCAGCACGCACGAAAACAGGUUAUAAAGAUGCUCAUUUUAGUGAUCGUGCUUUUCAUGAUAUGUUGGGGACCCCGACUCAUCAUGCACGUCCUCAUCAAGCACGGGCUGAGCACGUUCACAGUUCACGUUUACAACCUCCGAAUCGCCGUGUAUCUCCUCUCGUUCAUUCAUUCUGCCAUCAACCCAGUUAUCUACGGCUUCAUGUCCUCGAAUUUUCGCAAGAUGAUGCUCCAGUGCUGCAAAGAUGGCGUCUGCGGCAAGAUGACCUGUAGCAUUUGUGGGAGAAGGAAGAAGACGGGGGAUCGGCCACAGCGCCGGACCCUGUCCGAUUCUUACGAGUUUAGCACCUUGACCACGAGCACUCGACGCUCCAGACUGGCCAACUCGAUCAACGUGGAUGAUGCAAGGAUGAGACGAACGGAGGAGCAAUGGACUACUGUGUAA